GGUUCUGCCACCUUGAACUUUCAACAAGUCAAAAUGUCAAACAUCUCAGAUGUCAACCAAACAGAUACUUUGAAUCUGGGAGUGUCAUCGUUACUUAACCUAGUUGUGCUACAGUACUUCGCGCAUAUUUAUUCGAACUGCAUUAUUCGAAGCAUCACGGAACGGCCACUUUUCGAUGGCUUCACUAGUUUGUACCCCUUUAUCUGGACCGACAUCGAGGAGUCUACAGACGAUUUCAUUCUCACCAACAUAGAAAAUGGCUGUCAAUCUUUCAUACUGACCGAAAAAUCGGCAAUUUAUUUUCUCGAUCGAUUCCAAUUGUUGCACGACCGAGCUAAUCAGCGGUUUGCGAACAAGUACGUCAUUGUUCUAUUAAAUCAGCGAACGGAAAAAUCACUUCUGGAUCGUAUCACUCAACAUCAUGCCGUUCUCGACAUUCCAAGAUUGCUUAUUAUAUUCUCGCAAUCCCACGAUCGAAUUGAUUUGAUGACAACUUCAUACAACACCCGGGGAUAUAACCGGACUGUUUUAAUUCUGGAUAGUUUCAUACCAUCGCAAAAAAGGUUUCGGGAAGGAAAUGAUCUAUUUCCCGAUAAGAUUCGCAACCUAAGUGGCAUGCUGGUGCGUCUGGCGAUCUUCAACUACUCUCCAUAUACUUUAUGGAAUAUGAUCCAACGAAAUCAAACUUUUAACGCCCUUCAUGACAGCAAACCAGUUUUGUACAUUGACGGGACCGAGUCGAAAGUUUUCUUGGAGUUUUGUGCGAAAUUCAACUGCAGCCUGGACAUAUCACUGGAUGAAGCUGGCGAGUGGGGAGAGAUAUUCGAUAACCGAACCGGAAAUGGUAUCAUCGGGGCGGUCGUCGAGCGACGCGCUGAUAUUGGCGCUGGAGCCCUGUACUCGUGGUAUCACGAGAAUCAGUUUCUAACGCUGUCGAAGCCGAUUUCGAGAACCGGUGUUACCUGCAUCACGCCGAAGCCGAAGCUGCUGAGUAGCUGGAUGACUCCGAUCCUGCCGUUCUCAAGUAACCUGUGGAUUGCAGUGCUAACAACGAUCGCAGUUGUUAGUGUUGUAUCGGGGUUAACCGAAUAUGUUGUGCAGAAUAUUUUGUUGCAAAUCAAACGUCCAGUGGAUAUCUGCAAUUCUUUUAUGAUAAUUGGCAGUAUAUUCAUCCUUCAAACUGUUCUUCUAAGAAUAAACCGUAGCCAGUUUGUUUCGCAGAUUAUUCUGAUGGGUUCUCUACUGUUCGUCGGGCUUAUAAUCGGAAAUACCUAUAGCGGUGGAUUAUCCAGCAUAAUGACCAUACCACGCUUCGAACCUCCGAUAAACACCGUUCAGGAUCUAACUGAUAGUAACAUCCACUGGGCGGCCACCCAAGAUGCAUGGAUUUUCUCGAUUCGGAUGGCAACUCAACCGACCAUUGUAAAAUUGCUACAAAAUUUCGAAACCCACCCGAAAGAGUUCCUGCAUACACGAGCACUGAAGGGGGAACUUGCUUAUAGCAUCGAGCGAUUGCCGUACGGCCAUUUCUCUAUAGGCGAGUACAUUGAUGAGGAAUUAUCUUCUAAAUACCAGAACAUGAUAGAAGAUAUUUAUUGGGAGUAUUGUGUGGCUAUGUCCACAAAGACGUGGCCCAUGGUGCAACACCUGGAUGAGCUGAUUUUGGUAAUUUUUCAGAGCGGUAUACAGCGUUACUGGGAACAAAAGGUUGUAAGUAUCUAUGAAAAUUAUAACAUUCAACUAUCCAUCGGUACAUCGCGUCACCGGGAAAGCGCUGGACCAGUAAAACUUCAACCGUCACAUCUGUUGGGAGCGUUUCUGAUGCUCGCCAUAGGGUUGACAGGAAGUUUGGUGGCUUUUGUCCUAGAGUUGAUAUACGGAAACUGCUUGUUUAAAUGUCUGACACACCCGAAAUCUGGAAGUAAAGAUGACGAUAAGGACACCUUCCACGCGCAGCUUGAGCGUGCAUACGAUAGCUGCCCAAAACAUGACGUCAAAAUCGUUAUCGUAGAUCUCAACGCUCAGGUAUGCCGGGAGGAGGAAUUUAGACCGGUUAUUCGAAACAUACCCAAUCCAUAUCGGUACACCUGGAGAUCACCACAACAGACCGAAUCACAAAUCAUUCACGUUUUGAUUGAUGGAAGGCACUUCUCGGAUAUUAUCAACGUCCGAACCUAUCGUGGCGCAAACGUCGAUUCUGACCACUAUCUUCUGAUGGUCAAAAUGCGCCAAAGACUUUGGAUUGUCAACAACAACCGCUACCGUCGCCCGCCACGGUAUGACCUGGAACGACUCAAGUUUCCCGAAGUCGUUAUUGAAUACGUGCAAAGCCUUGAGGCAGCACUGCCGGAGCUCAUCGAAGCCCCUCUAGAGGACUGCUGGAGUAAUGUAAAAGCAGCCAUUAACAGCGCGGCGGAAGGUGCUGAUGUGUCCCUAGUUUAUAGCUAG